AUGCGUUGAUAAAUAUAUUACAUGUGAGAUAACAUUGUCGAAGCUUGAGAAUGAAGGAAGAGGUGAUUAAUCAAGAGUUGGAUAAGGACCAAUGGAAAUUAGAAGCUCAAGCUAUUAUAAAUGACGUGAAACAUCAUUAUUUAAUCCGAAUCUAGCCGAAGAUAUCCGAGUAACAUAGUAAUUUGCAAGGACAGUAUCGUAUUUGGUAUAUGAUUUAUAUAAAUGUUGUGAUGGAUACUGCAAUAGAUACGAUACUGUGAUAUUGACGAAUCGCGCGUUCCUAGGAAAUAUCCCUAGGAAUCGAAAGAUCAGUCAGUGCAAGUGGUAAUAUCGGUUGUGUUUACCCCCUCCUUUACGUUCGUUGCUCUGUGUUCCGUUUGGCGUAUUCCACUGUCGAGUUGUGAAGUAACGAAGCGGUUUCGCCGAAUGUGGCGUAUCGUGUGUGCAUUUUAUGAUGUUUCUGAAUGAGUUUAUCGUUGAUUAAGUGCCUAAGAACGUCAUAGUGCAUCUUGUUUGUUAAUAUUACAGUAAAUAGUGUGACGAUGUUAAACGGUGAGCGAUGACACGCCCGUGAAAAACGAUAACAACAGCUAUCCUUUGAUUGACCAGAAACGAUAGAGAAAACGCAAUACGCGAAGGACCCUCUUUGUGUAUUUUUUUGUGACAUUUAUUGGAAAAAACAUGCUUCAACCAAGAGCUACAUACAUCAAACGAUAGAAAAGGAAAAAGGAAUGGAUAAUUUGAUGAUAACUACAUCAAGUAAGAAUAGUUCACGCAGUACAUCACCUAAGAGAAGAAAUAUAUUGAUUUCAUCUCAACAAUUAUCAGCUACUUUGGAACAUAUUCCAAAAAUACGUAAUGUUUCACUUAUUUUACAUGAAACAGAAUAAUUAAGCUUAUGCUUCAAUAUGAUAUAAUUAAUGAUACAAUAUUUUGUACUUACAAAUAAGAAUACUAAGUUCCUAAAAAAAUAAAUGAAAAGUAAAUAGAAGGAGCACAGUACAAAACUAAAUUUGACUUCGCAGUUCCCAAACAGGGGAGGAUAGUACAGGCAGUGGAAGUAGUGGUGGUGAAGGCAGUCUCAGCAUGAAAGGUAGUAGGCAAAAAUCACCAGGAACUGUGAUUCGAGUAGAUGCUAUGGAUGAAUCAAAUACCAAUUUAAUCACUGCCGAACAAGAUGAGUUUGUGCCAAAUAUUCAUCUACCAACUGAUGAUGAUGGAGAACAAUAUCAUGCAACACAAUCGUUCCUAUCAAAUGGCUCUUCUGAGUUAAUAACUGAUGAUGUUGACUCUAAUUCUGCUCGUGUUUGUCAAGCAAUUGAGAACAUUCAAAAUAAAAUUGCUAAAACACGAGAACUUAUAAGAAUAGAACAAACCACACGUGAUGAAAAUGUCAAUGAAUAUUUAAAAUUAGCUGCAAAUGCAGAUAAGCAGCAACUUACCCGAAUCAAAGCAGUAUUUGAGAAGAAAAAUCAAAAAUCAGCGCACAGUAUUUCUCAACUCCAAAAAAAAUUAGAUAGUUAUACAAAAAAAUUAAAAAAUUUUGAGUUGAAUGGUGCACCUACAAGUCAUAGACAACCCCGAGAAGUGCUUCGUGAUAUGGGACAAGGACUUAAAAACGUGGGUGGCAAUAUUAGAGUUGGAAUCAGUGGUUUUUCAGGAAGUGUAAUGUCCAAACCAAGAGAAUUUGCACAUUUAAUAAAAAAUAAAUUUGGCAGUGCUGAUAACAUAAAUACUUUAUCUCUUGAAAGUAAUGGCUCGACUUUUUAUGUAAACGAUACACCGCGUGCAGGUAAUGGAGAUAACGCUAGUGUUGAAGAUGAAAAAGCUCAUCAUGGUUCAGCGACGCUUCCUGGUGGAUGUAGUUUGGGAUCAACUCAUAGUGCUGCAGCAAUGAAAUUUCCAUCCGAAGAAGGAUCCGAAUGUUCUAGUGUUACAAGCGAAAGCGGACCUGGUAGUAGGGGGCAAGCACACACAUGUCACAAUAGUAAUAAUGCUGCACUUAGUCUCAAAUCUAUUUUCUCAGAGCUACAAGAACAUAGAGAAAAUCUGGAAAGAAUGAAAGAUAAAUUAGAAGGUUUAAAGAGUUUACAACAAGAAGUGACAUAUCUUUCUCAUGCUUUACAAGAGGAACGUUUUAGAUGUGAGCGUCUAGAAGAACAAAUUAAUGAUUUGACUGAGCUGCAUCAAAAUGAAGUAGAAAAUUUGAAACAGACUAUAACAGAUAUGGAAGAAAAAGUGCAAUAUCAAAGUGAAGAUCGUUUAAGAGAUAUACAUGAAAUGUUGGAAAGUUGUCAAACUAAAAUUUGUAAAAUGGAACAUCAACAACAGCAACACCAACAAUAUGUUACUUUAGAGGGUUUGGAUAAUAGUAAUGCAAGAGCCUUGGUUGUAAAGCUUAUAAAUGUGGUAUUGACUGUGUUGCAAGUUAUUCUACUUCUUGUUGCAACAGGUGCUGGUAUAAUGAUGCCUUUUCUUAGGACUAGUUGUACUAAGCCUCAUUGUUUCAUGUGCAGGGUGCGCAUAUUAACUACUACGCUUGUUGUAUUGGGCAUAGUAUUUGUGCUCAAACAAUGGCCUGAGGUUCACGACGUCGGCAGUCACCUCAUGCGCCAUCUUAAACAGACGCUCGCUGUUAAGUAGCACAUUGGUUAUUCUAGGGUAUAUUUAAAUUAAUCAUACCCUGUAAUGAAGAAAAAUUGUACACAACAUUUUGGACCUAUUUAUGUGCUGUAGUUUUGGAGCAAUAAUAGUAGGUAUAUGCGCAAAUGAUUUUAUUUAUAUUUUAAAUUCGAUAUUCACCAUUACUAUAUUAAAUCAGAUGAAUGAUCAAAUCUAUUUGAUACUGUUAACAGAAUUACAAUACAUAAAACAUAUUUUGCUGUGCAAAAAUGUUUCACUUAUGAAGGAGAGAUUUUCUAGAGAUGAUAAAUGCAAAAUAUCAUUUAUCUUUUGUGCAAGUAUUAUAAAUUUAUUUACAAUCUUUUUAUUUUUAUUUGAGCAAUUUUAAAAAAGAAAAAAUAAAGAGAAAUAUACGUAUUUACUAUUUAAUAUUACUUGCGCGCGAAUAAAAUAAAAACGAUUAUAAUUUAAAAUAAAAUAAAAUAAAAUAAUUUCUAUAAAGUAUAAGAAAAAGACAGUAAUAAUAAUGCUGUACACUGAUAUUGCUUGAUUACAUACGGCACAUUAUUAGAAGAAUUUACUCUAAUAUCGUGCGAUUAAAUUCAUUUUUACAUGAAUCAUUGAUUAAUAUGAAAUU